UGGGGUGGGAGGAAGGCGGGGCCUGAACGGCGCGAGGCCAGGGAGUGGGCUGGCGUGGGAAAACUCUCUGAGUGGCGGCGGCGAGGCUCACUAGAGAAGGCGGCCUGUAAUACAGGGGUGGGGUCUGAGGGUGAGAGGGGCCUAGGUGACAAGGGGCUGGCUUCCUGCACCUGCUGGUCUGCUCGCGCGCGCCUGGAGUGUGGGAUGCCACGUGGGUCCUUCGGGAAGCUCUUCUGGCCUGAAUGUGUGUGGGCCGAUUCCGGCCCUCGAACGGCCCUAUUUAGAGUCUGGAAGAGGAGAUGUCACCCUCAAGAAGGGAGUCAGAAGGCUGGGCCUCUUUUGAUGUCACAGGCAGGUAACUCUGGGCGGCCUCUGGGCGCUCUGAGCUGCCGUGCCGACGGUCUGUCACCGAGUGCCCUGCCUCCUGGCCUUUACCUACUGUCAUCCUCAUCGGGACGUGUCUCUACCCCACGCCCGUGUCUCCAAAUCCUGGCUCCCCUGGACACAGUUUCAGCGACCACGAAGGUUAAGGUCAUCCUCGUGCUGGAGAACUGUAUGUACCUAGUCAUCGCGGAGCACACGUGGGAGACUGUGGCUGUGCCCAAGAGGCUGCUGGAGGAGAUCGUGGGCCAGGAAGGGAUGUCCCUGACCAUUGUGCUGACCACCCACCACCUCUGGGACCACACGCAGGGCAACGUGGAGCUGUAGUCCGGACUAGCUGUGCUGGGCACCAACAAGCCAGUCUGCACGCUGACCCACAGGCUGGCACAUGGCCAGGAGCUUUUGGGGGCCAUCCACAUGUGCUGCCUCCUGAUGCCAGGCCACAGGAGCUACUUCUUAUGGGGUGUCUGGGCCUGCCAGCUCUCCGUCCCCAGGGUGGCUGGCUGUGGCCUGUGCCUGAAGAGGACCGCUCAGCAAAUAUACCAGAGCCUGGCUGAGACACCGAGUGGCACAUGCCUCUCGAAACGCCAAAGGCCUGUUCCGGCCCUACUCCUAGGAGAGUCUGAACUCCCUGCCGGCCCGUGCCAGGGGUGCAGAUGGAUGGACGCGAUGGCCCCUUGUGGGGAGGCAGGACAGGUAGAGGAGCCAACAGUGUGAGAAGGUGCCCUUCGGCCACCUACUGAACACCAUGGUGUUUACACAGGUGGGGCCCAGCAAUGACCAUGUGAGAGCCAAGCUGUCCUGGGCCAAGGUAUGCAGCCCUCUGUGGCCAGGGCUGGGGGUCAGCUCUGUGGCUGGGCUGGCCAUGGAUGUGCUUAGGGCAGGAGUGUGCUGCCUGGAGUCUGGA